CGCUGGGGUUUCGCCUGCUGGGUAGGUUGUGGGAGAUGGGCAGAACUUGUCAUUUUUAAUUCGAUCAAAAUUGUUAUCAGAUUAGAUCUCCAAGAAACCGAAAGUACAGGCAUUAACACCACAAUGCCAUGGGGAGGUGAGGUGAGUGUGGUCGGCAGGAGCUUCUCAAAGCUAGUUCCCGUGGUAACCACCACCAUGCCAACGUGCCUCACACCUGUGCAGUAGGACGGCCCCCCCCCCCCCCCGCACCGCCCAGCCAGGACCACCAUGAAGCCCGUCCACGAGCGGAACCAGGAGUGCCUUCCCCCCAAGAAGCGGGACCUGCCGGUCAGCAGCAGCAUCGCUGGAGGCGGGGCUGACGGAGGGGGCGGAGAGGAAGGAGGCUCCGCCCACAGCUCCGACUCCGCCUGCCGAGAACCCCUGGCGGGAGGCUCCGCCCCUGGGGAGUGGAUUCGGGUGCAGCCGGGGGCGCAUUACAGCGUGGAGAACCCGGACGGCCUGGGCGUGCCGAUCGACCAGUACGGCAUGCUCUACAAAGUGGCCCUCACCUCCGGCGCCUACCCCCCCACCAGCCUGCACCCGGUGUUGAGCCACAUCCCCUCCGCCUACAGCGUCCCGUCCUCCCUCCUGCAGCACCCCGGGAUCCCCUACCCGCCGCUGGGCUACGCCCACAUCCCGCACUCGUCCCUGCAGCUGGUCAGCCCCCCCUACGCCGUCCCGUACGCGGUGCCGCCGGGCUUCGUCCCCGGCUCCCUGCUCCCGCCCCAGACCGCCGUCCCGCCCCAGGCCCACCACAUCCCCCACCUGGUGCCCUACCCGUCCGUCAUCCAGGGAGGCGUGGUCUCCCCUCCCCCCCAGACCGCCGCCCUGGGUCCCGCCCCAGCCGAGCUCCACCACAGGGCCACGCCCGUGUUCUACCACCACGCCGGCUCGCGAACGGCCCAGCCGGGCCUGGGCGCGGACUACCGCGACUCUCACCUGGAGCGGGAGAAGGAGGUGAACGGAGGGGAGGAGGAGGAGCGGGGAGGCAGGGAGCCGACUCAGGACCCUGCCUACUCGUCCCGGGGCCCCCGGGCCCCGUACUCGGCCCCGCCCGGCCCCGUGGAGGCCCAGCGCCCCCAGGACAGGGCGGCCCGCAGGUUUGAGGCGAGGGCCUCCCCGGGCCUCCACAGCACCCCGGAUUCCGACCUGGAGGUUCAGCAGGCGGUUUCCCGCCUGGCUUCUCCCGACCUGGGCGUGGGCGGAAGCCGCAAGCAGGCGUCGCUGGGGCCGCUGAGCCUGACCCAGGGGUCUCAGCGGGAGAGGGAGGAGGCCCUGCUGGGGGUCCGCGCGGAGGAGGCGUUAGCGCCGGGCCGGAUAGCGUACGCGGCGUCCCUGUCCGGGCCCGACGACCCCAGGCUGCCGUCUCUGCACCCGCAGCCCGCCCACCACGCCGUGCUGCUGGCCAACGGGCAGCCGGUGCUCGUGCCGCUGGACUACCAGCAGCAGCGUGACCCGGGCCCGCCCAACGACAUCAUCGCCGCCGCCGCCUCGCCGAAGGCCUUCGAGCCGCCGGCCGCGCCGUACCCUCCCGAGAGGCCCGAGCAGAGCCCCGCCUCGGGGGCGGUCCAGCCUGCCGCGGCCCCGCCCCCCGGCCCCGGCCCCUCCCACUUCACCAAGGGGGCCAUCAUCCAGCUGGCCACGGGCGAGCUGAAGCGGGUGGAGGACCUGCAGACGCAGGACUUCGUGCGGAGCGCGGAGGUGAGCGGCGGCCUGAAGAUCGACUCCAGCAUGGUGGUGGACGUCCGGCGCAGCCACAGGCCCGGCCUGGUGGCCCUGCACUUCACCGUGGGCGAGCAGCAGAGCAAGGUGGCCAUCGACGUGCCGCCCGAGCACCCCUUCUUCGUCUUCGGCCAGGGCUGGUCCUCCUGCAGCCCCGACGCCACCGCCCGGCUCUACGGGCUGGACUGCCACCACCUGCAGGCGGGCGACGUCUGCGUGUCCAUCGCCCUGCAGCAGCACAAACCGCAGCAGCCGCCGCCACCGCCGCCGCCGCCACAGACCCAAUCCAGGGCCCCCGCCAAAGCCGGCUCCGCCCCCGCCGUGGCCUUUCAGCCAAUGGGGCCGCCCGCCCCCCAGCACCACCGCCCCCCGGCCCACUUCAGAGGGGAGAGGCCUCACCGGGACCGGGAGGAGGAGCAGGGGCACGGGGAGGCGCCCCCCAGGGCUGACAGGACUCCCCCCGAGCACACAAGGAGCCGGAGCGCCUACCGCUCGCACACCGAGGGCCCCCAGCGGCCGGGGGCCGCCGCCGCUGCGUCACCGAUGCACACGGCCCACAGGCGAUGCUCCGCCCCCGGCUUCCAAAAAUACCAGAUCAAGAGCGAGGACGCCCCCCACCCCCACCCCCACCCCCACCCCUCCCCCUCUCCCGCCUCUCCCGGCUCCUCGCGGCCAACCUUCAUCCCGCAAGAGGUCAAGCUGUCCAUCGAGGGGCGCUCUAACGCGGGGAAGUAGCAGCGGCAGGUAGAGAGAGAGAGUGACCGAGAGUCGUAAAUAACGAGAGGGAGAGGGAGAGAGGAAGCGAGAGCACAGCCUCAGAAUGUUUGAGAUUUUGCACACCCAAGUAAACAUGACGGCCCCUAUAUGCUAGCAUUGUGGUCUUCAUGAUCAGGGCUCAGCAAGACCUGUCAGGCCAGGCCAGGCCAGGCAAGGCUGGUUCUGUAUGUCACUUUGUCACUACUGCUGAUUGGCUUGCACAGUAGGCCCCGCCCCCCCGGCUUUGUUUGGGGCAGCCAUUUUGGCACUGAAUCUUUUACGAUAAGAUAGCACUGGACCAAAAUGGCUCCUUUCUGACCGAAAAUGAUGGCCUCCUCUGGAUUGCUUCAGCUGGCCUUUGGAUCGACACUGCGAGCCCUCGUCCCAGUUAGAGUAUCUACCAAAGCCUUCUUAAGUUUGCAUUCCCAGGAGUCUGGAUCCAGUCGGGACAGGAAGUUGCCUCUUUCGACCAAAAUCAAAGGCAGGAAUCCCAAGGCGGUCCACACAGGAGUGCCGCAGGAACUCCAUUUACAGACAGGAAGCACCUUUUCCAUCAAACACCUUGAAUCUUGUGCAGGAAAAUGAAGCAGCAACGCACCUUAACAUCCUAAAUUGUACUAUCAGAAUUCAUGGUGACAUUUCCCCCCCCCCCCCCAUUCAGAGGAAUAAUCAUGGUCAUAGUUUUUCCUUUUUGCUUGUUUCUUCUCUUCCCUCACACAUGUUGUUUCUUUUGUUGGUUUUUUAUUGGAAGUUUUGGUUUCUGCGAGGAUCUCUCAGGACGGCGGCCCCCAUCUUCCCUGCUUCCGCUGGCGUUGUUUAAAUAUUUACUCAGGCGCUGCAUGUCCCGCCGCCUGUAUUCCUGCAGCGUGGUGAUGUCCUGUUGCCUGAUGAUAACGCGAACGAGAAACAGGCCUCCUCAGUACCUCGUUUGCCCCCCCCCCCCCCCCCCCCCCCCCGCCCGAUGGGAGCGCAUCCUGGCUGUCGGCAGGUGAUUUUUGGUAUUUCUGUCGGUGGAUUCGGGUUUCGGCCUCCUCCUCCUCCUCAUCCGACGCCCGGCUGAUGACACCCACUCUUUCUGAAGCCAAGAUCACGGAUGGAGUCGGAUGUGAUGGUGGGUGACUCCUGCAAUUAAGUGUAGAGGAGAAGGGAGUGAGAGAGACGGUGAGAGAGAGAAAGACACAGACAGUGAGAGAGUGAGAGAGACGGCGAGAGAGAGAAAGACAAAGACAGUGAGAAUGAGAGAGAGAUGCUGAGAGAGAGAGCGAGAGAGCGAGAGAGAGAGAGAGCGUGUAACAGAGAAGUUGAGAACGCAUGAGUGUGUGCAUGAAAAUGAAUUCCUCCAAAGAUCCAAGUACCCUUUGGAAGCCAUUUGGCAGCGUUAUUGUGGAAUAGUGGGGUUUGAGAACUUGGAUAUGUGCAAAAGGAAAAAAAAAAGACACCACUGAUAACUUAAUGUAUCUGGAUACUCAGUUAACGUUAUCAAAGCAAUAGUUACCCUAGGAAACCAGGCUGAGAUACAUUUACAAGGCUUUCUGUUUUCUUUUUUCAUUUUUUGGCUUUAGAAAAGGCAUCUAGCAGUCUGCAUAGAUGCCGGAACUGUAAAACUUGAACCCAAAAUCUUCUAUGUUUUCAAAGGUGUGAUGCACAAUUUUUUAAUUUGAGUAUAAUCCAUUUAAUAGAUGCGGUUGCAAUAUUUGUACAAAUAUAAAUAAUCAGCUUAUCAGCUUGCUGUCCUAAAAAAAAGUGUGAGAAUUAAAUAGCAGGAGAUUUUUCUCUCUUUGAAGAUGAAGGCAGCCAGAAUUCUAGGCGUUCUGAGCAAACGCAUCUCCUGGAGCUCGUCUUGUGGGAAUCGGUUCCAAAUGAUUUUAUAUUUUCUCCUGUCUUGUCUUCUGUAAUUGACCUUCUGCAUGGUACAGCAUAGGAACCUUCUUCUUUCUGCAAUAUGCUAUGAGCUGUGCGUCUUGGAGUAUUAGUAUCGUGUUGCACAUAGGGAAAGUUACAUUUGGCCCACAGUGAUGUUUUGGACAAAAUACGGUAGAGAAUUUUUUUUUCUCCUGCAGGGAGAGUCAUUUGUAUUCCCCCCCCCCCCC